GUGCGUGGCACUUGAUACUAUAUGCUAAAUACAUAUAUGGUUGUAUUGUGUGUAAUAAAUUCGCAUCUUAUAUUGUACACAUAAAUACAUUUAUAAAUAUACAUAUAUACAUAUAUAUGUAUCACUAUAUUGCUAUUACACACAUAAAAUAUAUAGUCAUCAGAGCAGAAUCAAACGUUUUACACUCUCACGUAAUAACCAACAAAAACGUUUUGACGGACUCCUCGUGGUAAAUUUAUAAAAUAUUAAAUAAAACUCCAUAAAAAUAAUUAAAAUAAUUUGGUGAAAUAUUACAAAUUUAUAUGUGAAAUUAAAUAAAAUCAAGUGUUAGUUAUGGUCUCGGUGAUGCAGCCGUUUAUGGACAUUGAAAGUUCCCGAAGUUACAUUGACGAGUUGUAUUCGACAGAUCCUCAAAAAUGUUUAGAUGCAUUAAUAUGUCUAAAAAAUUCCGUAAUUGGAAGUAACCGUCAAAAAGGUUCAGUGAUAGCCCAGGGUGUGGUCCCCCGUCUCCUGCAACUCUUAAACGACUACAACCAGCCCCAACCAAGAUCCCACUCAACAACAGCAUCCUCCCCAGAAGUAACAGCCGGCGAAAGAAUCCGGCUGGAAGCAGUAGUAACUCUUGGCUCCCUCGCCAAAGGUACAGACCAGCACGUGCUAGCAUUGAUAGAUCUCGGAGUAGUGCCAUUGAUUCUCCAAGUGCUCCUAUCAACUCCAGUCGGCGAAGGCGUUGACAUUCUCAUCACCUCUUCUGCAACCACCCACUCCGAGAAUCUAAAAGUAAAACUAUCAGACUUAUUAAUAGAGGCGUGUCUCCGCUGCUUAAGAACAGUCUUCCAGCACCCGAACGCUCCAGUGCAAUCUUUAUACCAGGACCCAGCACUAGUAUCAAGAUUGCUAUCAUUAGCAUCUAGAUCAGUGACCUGCCAAGUGUGCGUAGCAACAAUCUUAACCACCGCCUGCAAGACAGCAGAUGAGCAAAACGCUUUGAUGAAAGGCGGAGCAAUUGAGACACUAGCAGCGCAGCUAGACUCUCCACUAGCUGAUGUCCAGCUUCCAGCGCUAGCUUGCUUGGCUAAUAUGUGCUAUCAAAAUCACUUGGUCUCCACUGUAGUCGCUAGUACUUCAACAGGUUCUAAAAAAGAUGAAGAAGGAGCAGGUGGUCAGAAUAAACAGCUACCAGCACUUCUGGGUCAGCUUAUAGGCAGAGAAAGGAGUUCUUUGAUCCAGCUGGAAGCAGCGAGGUGUGUAGCUUAUAUGCACAGAGCUGGAGCUUUAUCAGCGACGGACCCACGAGUUGUCUAUCGAGCACUGCCUUGCUUAGUGAGGCUCUGCCAUCGAGACAGAUCUCCACGAGAGCGCGUUGCUGCUGCUGAAACUCUGGCUUAUUUAACAGAAGUUGAUACUGAGCUGCAGCGUUUAGCUUCUAUCAGCAAUCAUCUUAUCCCGACUCUUGCUGAGCUGCUGAGGCCGCAUCCGCAAGUUCAAGAUGCAGCUCUGUGUCAAGAUAUGCGUCAAGCUGCUUUCAGAGCUUUCGCAUCUUUGGGAGCUAAUGAUGAAGAUAUUCGCAAGAGGAUUAUUGAGACGGAGAAUCUGAUGGAGUUUAUUGUCUCUGGACUUCAGGACCCGGGAGGUCCUAGAGUUCGUCUUGCGGCUGUUAGGUGUCUUCAUUCAUUAUCAAGAAGUGUUCAGCAGCUCAGGACGACUUUUCAGGAUCAUGCGGUCUGGCGACCGCUUAUGCAGCUGCUUCAUGGUGCUGAUAAAGGCUGUGGUUCUUUGGUUGGAGGAAUUACUGGUGGGAUUACUAGUGGAGUAAAUGUUGGAGAUGGUGAAGAUGAUUUGUUGACUGUUGCUUCGAGUACUUUGUGCAAUUUAUUGUUAGAGUUUAGUCCGAGUAAAGAACCGAUUCUUGAGUCCGGUGGGGUGGAACUACUGUGUUCUUUAACGAAGAGACCGGACCCUGCGCUGAGGCUCAAUGGAAUCUGGGCGCUUAUGAACGUGGCUUUUCAAGCGGAGCAAAGGGUCAAGUCGCAGAUUUUGUCGUGCCUGGGGACGGAUCAGAUAUUUAGAUUGCUGGCUGAUCCAGAGCCUGCUGUUCUUAUGAAGACGCUGGGGUUACUGAGGAAUUUACUUUCCACUAAGGCUCAUAUUGAUCGGAUUAUGGAUGAACAUGCGGCUCAUGUCAUGCAAGCGGUGGUUCUUGUGCUGGAAGAUCCGGAUCAUUCGGUGGAUGUUAAGGAACAGGCGCUGUGUAUUCUGGCUAAUGUUGCUGAUGGAGAUCGCGCUAGGGAGCAUAUUAUGGCUAAUGAAGAUGUACUCAAAAAACUUAUGGACUAUAUGAUGCAUAGCAAUAUUAAACUUAAAGUCGCAGCUAUAUUUUGCGUGUGUAAUUUAGUUUGGAGAGAAGAACCUGGUGCUGCUCAACGUCAAGCACGUUUACGUGAAUUGGGACUUUAUCAAAUUUUACAGCAAUUACGUUGCACCAAAGAUUCUCAAUUAUUGGAAAAAGUAAAAACUGCAAUGGCGCAAUUUUUCGAUCCAUGAGCUAUCGAAAUAAAAUUUAGAAAUCCUUGCCUAGAAUAUUUUUAUUUUUCAUUAUUAUUUAGAAAAAUUAUUUUUGAUUUUAUCUUUAAUAACUCUGUGAUCCCGCCAAUGCGUUAUUUUACAAACUAAAGACUAGAAUUUUUUCCCCUGUGAAUGAAGUUAUAAGUUUAAAAAAAAAAAAAAAAGAAAAAAAAAACGAAGCAAUUAAUUAUAAAAUUAUUCAGUAAUCA